AUGACCUUUCUCCUUCUGGGAUCCCUGGGCCUUUGGGCCAAGAUUUCUACAGUGUCUGCGGACCUCGGUAUAUGCAUCAUCCCUCCUGAUGGCGGCCUCUGCUUUGUUCUACAAGAGCACUGGUACUACAACUAUGAGAAAAAGAUGUGCCUGCCAUUCAACUGGGGGGGAUGUGGAGGAAACGAGAACAAUUUCGAGAGUCGCAAAGCAUGUGAAUCUGCGUGCAGCAAAUACGGAAGCAUGCUUGGUUAAACAAAUUCAACAAAAAG